GCUCCAGAGAAGCGCGCGGGGGCGGGAGAGGAGGAGAGCUGAGAGAGCGAGAGAGAGGAGGUGUGGGGGGAGAAAAGAUAGGGUGAUGAAAAUGAUGGCGACCGAUGCAGAGGAGAUAAGAAACCAAACAAGCCCCUGUCCCUUCCCCGACAACAGUCUGAGCAGUCUGUCCAUCAAAAUCACGCGGAAAAACCAGGACAGACACUGGAAGCUGCGGUUUAUUUAUCUGCAGUGCUACUUUUUGACCAUUGCAACAAUAUUGGGAACUGGAAUCUUAGGUCUUCCAGUAACAAUAGCUCAUGCUGGACUGGUGCCUUUCCUAGUCUCUUUUCUUGUUGGCUUCUUUGUCCAAGCCUUGCUCAUCUACCUGUUUGUGGAACUUCUUCAGAAAUGUCAAGUGGUACAGCUGGAAUCUCUGAAGACAGGUGUCGCAGAGUGUAUUGUGAUGGAUCAAGUGGGUGUGGAGGAUCCAGCCCCCACCGAGGAAGAAGAUGAGGACGAAAAUGAAAAUGCAGAAGCAGAUACAGGUUUACUACAGCCGGAUGCAUUAGCUCUGCACCACCAAGCUGAUAGCCUGCAGCCCAACCUUCAUCUGCUUGGCCGCCUCUUCCUUUCCCGCCCCAUGAGCCACGCUUUCAACUGCAUUCUCCUCUUCCAGUUCAUUUCAAUUGGAAUCAGUUAUGUCUUAGCUGGCAGUGAAGCCUAUGCUGCUCUUCUUAACAUCAGCCACAUCUACGUGAUCCCAGCUUUCACCUGGAUUCUAACUCUGGCCAUUUUAUUAGCCCACACAAUCAUUCAGCCAAUCACUUCGCUGCUCACCCUCCUGAAAGGAAUCCUGCUCAUUGUCACGGUGGCUGUGACAUUUGCAGUGGGGUCAGAGGUCGGCCUUCAGAGCAGCAGUGACUUCAGUCAGAUGGGGAAACCUUUCCUAAUGGGCACAGUGGCUCUGGGAGGGAUUGUGAACGUGAUGCCUCUGCUUUUCUCACAGAUCUCACACAACAAGACACAGAUCCUGUGGUUUCGGAGAGCAGUGCUUGGAGGUCUGACAACCUGCACUGUGCUGAACAUCCUCUGGUGUUGGGCAGUGCUGGAAAUUGUGCCUCAGACGUCGUUACCAGAAAGGAGGAUGGCAGCAGAGACGACAACUCAGCCCGACUACAGCAGCCCUUCUGGUCCUCCAUCCUCAGUCUCCCCCUAUUUCUACUCUAACAUCUCACUAGAACAGUCUGAAAAAGCAGGAGAGAUUGCAACCAUUCCACUGACAAAGAUUAUUAAUGAACGGUAUCGAACGUACUCCUGGGUGGCUGAGCUGAUCCAGGUGUUUAUCGCCAUCAGCGUCACCGUGUCCUUCCUGGUGAUGGGAUCAGCCAUGAAGCACACCAUUGACGGUCUGAUGAGCUCACUGUUUAGCAGCAGACUGGAGUGGCUGUCUAAAGCUUGGGAGCGAAAUUUGCCAAACAAACAGCACAUCUGCUCAGCAAGAAGUGUGGCCAAAGGAUUCAUGUCACUGCUUGCUUUUAGCACCAUCUUUAUUGUGUCAGUGUGUGAUCCGAGGGGUUUUGUUGUCAUGUUGGACAAAGUUGUGUCGUUCUCCCUCAACACUGAAGUUGGACUUUUUAUCUUCAUUAUGCUGAGAGAAUCCCGAGAAGACAGAUUCCAAGAGCUGGCAGUCCCUCUACCAGUGGGUGACUUCAUGUUCAGCCUCAGCUGGCUGCUGCCCACCUACUUCCUUUUUGCCGUAACUUAUGACAUCCUGCAGACGCUGGCAGAUGUGGCUCAUUACUUGCCUUUCUACAAUCACGAUCAGGAGCUACACAUCCACAAUCUGACUGGGAGCUUAGCAGCAGCCAAUCUCUCCAUCCUUCUCUAGAUCCCAGGAACUCAGAUAAGACAUACAUCAGUAGGAGUUUUAAUUGCCAAAAAUCAGAAGCUUAGCAAGAACUUUUAUCUUGAAGUUGCACUUAACAAGCUUUUGGUACCAUUUUAAGAUAAGCAUUGUCUGUUUUUGAUGGCCAUUUUUCCGUUGUUGCACUGCAAUUUCCUAAGACCACUCAUCAGUCUGCCAUUGUGGCCAGUGAGGCUGCAGUGUGAGCUCUUAUAUUUAUCUCUUGAGCCACACUGGCUAUUCCUGCUCAUGUGAAUUAUCCAACAGUUUGUUUAUUAGUUACCAAUAAACUGAAAUAUUCUUUUGUGCCAUCGGAUUUCUCAGCACACACUGGGAAGCACAUGUAUUUCUUCGCAUGAAAUCCUUUUUAGACAAAAAAUGAAUCAUACUCAUGUCAAAAUUUGAUUGAGAAUGACUUUUAUUUGACUGAAAGUUUCCUCUGACUAGGAAUGUCACAAACAUGUAACAAAAGAAAUUAAGACGCUGUAUUAGAGAUGUUAACUGUUGUAGUUUUGUGUUCAAUUGUUGUUGUUUUUUUUUUUUUUACAUUUUUUGUGAAAAAGGUCAUAUUCAAAAUUACUUGUACCCUUAAAAUUGUGAGAAAUCUUUUGAGAAAAUGCAGCUUGUAUACCAUUCCAAAGGUCCUGGUGGGUCCUUGUAUAUUUUGGCAAUUGGAUUUUCCGUUUUGAAACGGGUAUUGAAAAACAAAAAAAAAGUGGUUAUUUGAUUUUCGUUUUAAAAUACAAAAAAUAAAAUUGAAAUACAAGGUGUUUUUCCUUUUCAUGAUCAAAAAGGGAUAUACGAAAUUUUAAAAAUGCUUUGAUUUUCAUUUUAUAUUUACAAUAACAAAAAAAUAAAAUCAGUAAUUAAGAGAAACG